AUGGGUCGGCAUGGACAAUUUGGUGGUUAUUUCAAGGGGCUCGAUGGGUUCUCAAAGACAAUGGAAGAUGUCAAAGUGAAGACUGGUUUUGGUGGAAUCUUAACGAUGGCUUCAGCGGCACUAAUCUUCACCCUGAUCCUAGUAGAAUUUCGAGAUUACCGUCAAAUUCAUGUCCAACCUUCAAUUUUGGUCGACAAGAGCAGGGGCGAAAAACUCUUGGUGCACAUGAACAUCACCUUUCCACGUGUCCCCUGUUAUUUGCUCAGUGUGGACGUGAUGGAUAUUAGCGGGGAACAUCAAAACGAUGUGGCGCAUGAUUUGGCCAAAACUCGACUAGAUCUAGACGGUGUACCUCUUUCGGCCAACACCACGCAAAAAUUGCAGGGUGAACUGGAAUCAAUCAUCGCCAGUCGAGCGAAGGAUUAUUGUGGAUCAUGCUAUGGUGGUGAACCUGGACCUUCGGGAUGUUGUAAUAGUUGUGAAGAGGUUCGAGAGAGUUACGUACGGAGGGGAUGGAGCUUUAACAAUCCUGAUGGGAUUGAACAGUGUGUGCAAGAGCACUGGUCGGAAAGGAUUAAAGAACAAUCUAAGGAAGGUUGCAACAUUAACGGUAUACUCAAAGUAAACAAAGUAAUAGGAAAUUUCCACCUCUCUCCAGGUCGUUCAUUUCAAACACAUCAAGUACAUGUCCACGAUUUAGUACCGUAUCUCCAGGACAGCAACCUCCAUGAUUUCGGACACGUGAUCCACAAUUUCGCAUUCAUGGAUGCAAAUCAGCCCACAGAAACCGCUUACACACUGCGUCUCAAGCGGACUCUAGGUAUUGUGAAUCCACUGGAUGGUGUCAAGGCCCACACCGAAGCAAGCAAUUACAUGUUCCAGUACUUCCUGAAGGUCGUCGGAACUCAAUUUCAACUCUUGGACGGCCAGGUCGCCAAGACCCACCAAUACAGCGUCACCCAGUACGAACGUGAUCUUGAUAAUAGUGACAAGAGUGAUGCCGACGAGCUUGGACAUCUCACAAGUCAUGGUCACAGCGGUGUGCCUGGAGUAUUCUUCAAUUAUGAGAUUUCGCCAAUGCAAGUCGUCCAUCAAGAGUAUCGGCAAUCGUUUGCUCAUUUUGCAACAUCGACAUGUGCGAUCGUUGGCGGAGUUCUAACGGUUGCUGGAUUGCUCGACAGCUUUGUGUACGGAGCUCAAAACCGGAUGAAGGGAGGAAGUUCUGCCAAUGGUGCCUCUCAUUCGAGGACUGGGAAGUUCUUAUGA